AUGCUGCUGCACGGGUGUGGUCCUUCCCCCCUGCUGCCCUCUGUCGCCUCUGCCGCUGCGGCCGACCUCACUGGUUUGAGGUCGGUCGGCGCGGCGUCUGCCCCCAGCGGCAGACGCCGCUCUGGCAAGGGCAAAGGGGGCAAGGGAGCGGGUGGAACUAGAGGGGGCGGUGGAGGAGGCGGUGGGGGUGGCGGGGGGAGUGGGGGUGGCGGUGGGGGUGGUGGUGGGAGUGGAGGUACUCGUGGCGGCGGUGGAGGCGGAGGUGGCGGCGGAGGUGGUAGCGGAGGAGGCGGUGGGAGCGGUGGGAGCGACGGUCCUGGUGGGGGAGGUGGCGGUGGAGACGGGGGUGGCGGUGGAGGCGGGGGUGGCGGUGGAGGCGGGGGUCGGAGUGGCUCGUCCCAGCGGAGCAGCUCUGGGGGUGGUCAGCGCCAGCAGUAG